AUGGCGCCGUCCGCCAAAAGCUCAGAGGCUAUGCCUUUCAUAAUAUCAACAGGGACAAAGGAACGUGACCCUGAAUCGCGGAAGUUGAUUAGGAGUCAUGUUAUGAAGGGCAGGAACCGCGGAAGAAUCUUGCGCCCUAAGUAUAAGAAUACCGUAGAGCUAGAAGUAGUAGUGGAUACAAAUGAGAAUAUCCAAAAUUUGGACAGCGAGGGUUCCUGGAGCUUAGUAGUUCCGGAAUAUCCCACUAUCAUUCCUCAAAGGGUUGGUUCAGAUAUAUCGCUCAUACGGUUCGCGGACAAAAUAGACAAGCCUACGAUUGGUAUCAUCAUCGAGUUCUCUACCAUCGCGAAGAAAGCCCUUUUUCCUCUAGAGUCAUGCAUCAACUUCGGCCCCAAAACACGAGCAUGGAUGGAAGAUCUCACGGUGGACGCCGCGUACCUCCACGCCAUGGCUUUCUCGGCACAGGGCUACUUCGACCUGCGGUGCGGCCGCGUGCCCUCGAAUAGCAGCUCAUUAAUGGACCCUCACGUCGUCAAGACGCUCAGGCUCCUGCGUGAAAGUCUCGAAAUGGUAGAUCGCGGCGACAUGACAGAGCUCCCGUCAAGAACCGCUGCGAUCGUGCUAUGUCUGGCGUUCCACGCGCAUAUGACGGGCGACUUCCGCGCAGCGAGACACCACAUCGUUGGGCUGCGCGGGAUCGUUGACUUAGCCGGGGGCCUCGUCGCUCUGAAGGAUAACACGAAGGUUAUGGUAGAGAUACUAAGGUGCGACAUCGGCAUGGCCUUACACAGCGGCACCCAACCCCUUUUCUUCUCGGACCUCGCGCGGGAACCCUACUGGCCAUACCCGGACUUCUCCGAAUACGCAAGCGAUCCAGCUUGGCCCCUGCUCGGCAACGUAAAAGACGAACCAUUCCUCGGGCUCCUCGACGCCGACAUAGCUACCGCAUGGCGAGUAACCAAACGAUUCACCAUGCUGGUGAACUACGCCGCCGAGACGCAGAACAAGCUUCCCAAGGAAUACCUGCUCGACACCAUGGCCUCCGUGACCUACCGGCUCUUGCACAAGUCCUCGCUUUUCCCGCGGAGCUCCCUCAACGAGGCCAUGCGUCUAGGCAUACUAGUCUUCGGCUCCGGCAUCUUUCUCCAGUGGGCCGGCGUGCAGCUGCCGUACACGCAUUUCCCAGCCGCAUAUCGGGACUGCCUCGUCAAUCUGAAUCUCAAAUCCUUAGAUCUUGCUCUUAGCACCUUUACCCCGGCCGUAGGCGAUGACGGUAGCAGCAGCACUAGUAGCGGUGUUGACAGCCCGCCACCAUUAUGGUCAUCGCAACUUCUUCUCUGGCUUCUUACCAUCGGUCACGUAUCCGUGUUCGAUUCCACUGACAGUGACACGUGGUUGAAGCCGUGGCUGCGUGUCAACCUAGACCUGUGCGGCAUACGGACCUGGUCUGCGAUGCGCGACGUGCUGAGCUCCUUUAUCUGGGUCGGGAUUGUGCACGAUAUGCCUGGCAAGUCCCUGUUCAAUUCGACCAUGUCCACCAGUUCGCAUUCGUGA